UGGCCGGUAUUUAUUAGAUAAUUCGGCCACUCCAAGUCGGACACAACUAUUCAUAACCAAACAAAUAAACAAACAACAAUCAACAUGCAGGGAUUCAUUGUCUUCACCGCUCUCUUGGCUUGCGCCGCUGCGGCCCCUGGCCUCCUCUUGGCACACGAGACCCCUGUCGUGGCCGCUGUCCACGCCGCUCCCGUAGUGCACGCCGCUGUUCCAUUGGUGGGCGCUAAGACCACCAUCACCAAGAGCAGCCAGGUCGUCAACCACGGAGCUGUGGUUGCCCCAGUCGUGGUCAAGACCGCCGUGCCCGUAGUGCAUGCCGCCCCAAUCGUCCAUGCCGUCCACACCCCAGUCGUCCACGCAGUCCACACUCCAGUAGUCCACGCUGUCCACACCCCAGUCGUCGUCAAGACCGCGCCCGCCGCAAUUGCGCACAGCAGCUCUAUCGUCCAUCAUGGUGCUGUUGUCAAAGCCGUCCCCCUAGUCGCUAUCCACUAAUUUGUACCAACCUACCCAUAUUUAUAUCCCCACGUUAUGUAAUAAAUCAAAUACC